GUCGAGCGGUUCGUCCAGAGCCAAACGGAGGAGCGUCAGGAAAUAUUCUCCACUCUCUGGACUGGAUGGGAAGGAGGAGAAUCUUUGACCUUGGAAAAUGAAGAUGUUGUUGCCAUGGGAACUGUUAAUCCUUCUGUCACUCAAAGAGUGCCUGGCUGAGAAUACGCGCCAUGGUCCUGUCUUCACCCAGGAGCCGAGUGACAGCAUUUUUCCUCUGAGCACUGAUGAUAAGCAGGUGUUUAUUAAUUGCAAAGCAAAGGGAAACCCACCUCCGCAUUAUAGGUGGAAAAUAGACGGGGCUGAAAUCAACACAGAGUCAGAUCCAAACUACAGCCUUGUGGAGGGGAACCUGUUGAUUAAUAACCCUCAUGUCAUCAAUCAUGGAGGAGUGUAUCAGUGCAUCACCACCAACACAUUUGGCACCAUUGUCAGCAGGGAGGCAAAAGUCCAAUUUGCAUUUCUGCAGAACUUCAGCAGGAAGUCGAGGAACACGGUGUCAGUGAGAGAGGGUCAAGCUGUGGUUCUGCUCUGCGGCCCUCCACCCCAUUACGGAGAGAUCAAAUAUUCAUGGGUUUUCAACGGACAGCGAAGUUUCCUGAAACAGGACGCCCGUCGUUUUAUCUCUCAGAAGACGGGCAACUUGUACAUAGCCAAAGUUGAAGCCUCAGACGCGGGGAACUACACGUGCGCAGUGAGAAACAUGAUGACCAAUGCCACCGUGUUCAGCUCCCCAACCCCUGUGGUGGUGAGGAGGGACGCAGUGAUGGGUGAAUAUGAGCCAAAGAUUGAGGUUCAGUUUCCCGACACCCUUCAAGUCUCUAAAGGAUCAUCAGUGAAGCUGGAAUGCUUUGCCUUAGGAAACCCUGUGCCUUCCAUCUCAUGGAGAAGAGCUGAUGGAAACCCACUCCCUGGCAAGAUUAAAAUCAACCUCUCCAGUGGGGUUCUGGAAAUUCCAUAUUUUCGCCCGGAGGAUGCCGGCGUGUAUGAGUGUGUAGCCGAAAACAGCAGAGGACGAAAUGUUGCCAGAGGGCAACUUGUAUUCCACAAUGUUGAACAUCUGCACUGGGUCCAAACGCUGAAAGAUGCUCACAUGGCAAUUGAUGCAAAUCUGCAGUGGGAAUGUAAAGCCAUCGGUAAGCCUAGGCCUACAUACAAAUGGUUGAGGAAUGGUCAGCUCCUGACAGCAGAGGAGAGGAUCCAUGUGGAAUCUGGUAGACUGACUAUAUCCAGGAUCAGUCUGUUGGACUCUGGGAUGUAUCAGUGUGUGGCAGAGAAUGAACAUGGAGCUGUUUAUGCUAGCGCUGAGCUCAAGGUUGUCGCCUCCCCACCGGACUUCACCCGGCGGCCCGUGAAGAAGACCACAGUGAUCCAGAGGGGGGGCGAGGUGGUCUUGGAGUGUCGCCCCCACGCCUCCCCCCGGGCCACAAUCUCCUGGUGGAAAGGGGGCGAACUCCUGAAGGACAGCAAGAGACAGACUAUCAUGGAGGAUGGGACGCUACGCAUCACCAACAUCUCCAAAUCUGAUGGAGGCAUGUACACGUGUCUGGCCAGAAACCAUUUUGGAACAUCCAGCAGCACGGGGACACUGGUGGUGAAAGAGCCUACCAAGAUUAUAGUCCCACCCUUGAGUUUGGAUGCUACUGUGGGGCAGAGCCUUGUGCUGCCAUGCGAGGUGUCCAGUGAUUCGUCCCUGAGUCCCAUCUUCAAGUGGUUUUUCAGCGGGAAAGCCAUUGAUUUCAGCAGGCAGGAACACUUUGAGAUGAUUGGAGGGGGAUUUGCAGGUGACCUGAUGGUGAGGAACAUUCAGCUAAAGCAUUCGGGGAAGUAUGUGUGUAUGGUGCACACUGAAGUUGACACUGUCUCAGCAGCAGCAGACUUAAUUGUCAGAGGACCUCCUGGUGCCCCGGAGGGCCUGGUGGUGAGUGAUAUUACUGACACCACUGUGCAACUGUCCUGGAGCUCUGGGCCUGACCACCACAGUCCUGUUACCAUGUACAUGGUGCAGGCCAGGACCCCCUUCUCUAUAGGCUGGCAGACUGUGAGAACAGUUCCUGAUUCUGUGCCUGGACAGAUGAUGCAUGCAACAGUGAAAGAUUUGAACCCCUGGGUGGAUUAUGAAUUCAGGGUGGUGGCAAUCAACAGUGUUGGCGUUGGAGAACCCAGCACGCCAUCAAAACAGAUUCGAACCAAAGCAGCAGUUCCCAAGGUUGCACCAGUUAAUGUGAGUGGUGGCGGAGGAGCUCGAGGAGAACUUGUCAUCGUGUGGGAGCCAGUUCCAGAGGAACAGCAGAGCGGAGAGGACUUUGGCUAUGUCGUGGCUUUCCGCCCACUUGGCAGCACCACCUGGAUCCAGACGGUGCUGGCAUCACCUGAUGCAUCGAGGUAUAUUUACAGAAAUGAAAGCAUCGCACCCCUGUCUCGGUUUGAAGUGAAAGUGGGAGUUUACAACAGCAUAGGAGAGGGGCCGUUCAGCCGAGUUGUCAGAGUGUUCUCUGCAGAAGAAGAGCCCUCUGAGGCACCAUCAAGAGUUUGGGCCCGCGCUUUGUCAGCCUCUGAGAUCGAGGUGUACUGGGAACCAAUUCCCCCCGGGGCCAGCAGGGAGAAGAUCAUCGCAUAUGAGGUUCUCGUUUGGGAAAAGGGAUCUCUGCAGAGUGAAGCAGAGACAGUGAGGGUUAUCGACACCACGGCUCUGCUCUCUGGCUUGAAGGGCAGCACAGUCUAUCUGAUCUCAGUCAGAGCCCAAAACAGCGCUGGACUUGGACCCUGCAGCUCUACUUUUAACAUCACCACCAAGAAACCACCUCCAAGUCAGCCUCCAGGGAAUAUUGAGUGGAACCUGACCAACUCGAAGAUCUUUCUGAAUUGGGAACAUGUCAAGGCGAUGGAAAAUGAGUCUGAGGUGACAGGAUACAAGGUUAUGUAUCGUCAGACCUGGCACGGUAGAACGACUAUACUGGAAACCAAUAAGACCAGUGUGGAGCUGCAAAUCCCCUCUGGAGAGGACUACCUCAUUGAGAUCAAAGCUCUGACCGAAGGGGGUGAUGGCACCAGCAGUGGGCCCAUCCGCAUACCAAAGAUGUCCAGUCUAAACUCAAACGGGUCAUUGAGUCCAGUUCCAAUGAAGAUUUGCUGUUUUAUUAUGUUUUUUGUAUUUUUUAUUUGUACUGGGUAGCUUCCUGUGGCUCUAUAUUAGGCUGUGGACAUUAGAAUGAAUACAGUUUAUGAUUCUCUUCUACGUGUCAUAUUUAAGGAAUAAGAAGCUAACUAGAGAGUUUCUCAACCCCUGGUUUGCAAACCAAAACUGGAUAAUGGGAGCGUUCUGACAGGUUGUCAAACGCCCACAAAUCUGUGGCUGGGCUGUUACUCAUAGGCAACAGCACAGUUACAAAACAUUUUCAUCUGCCUAUUUUCAGGACCACUGCAAUCCUCUAGGAUGCAAGAGUUUGAUAAACAUGGGAAGAUGAGUUUCUUAUCUGUCAUUCUGAAAUGAAUCUGAGCAAAGGUUCAUGUCCCAGUUUUCACUUUUUACUGUCUGUUUCCACCUAUUUUGCCUCAACUUCCAAGUUAUUUCUUGGCUUGAUGUGACAUCUGUGAAUAUAACAGACCAAAAGGUACAUGUUUCACACACUACACAUAUUCAAUUUGAAAAGAUUAGAUCAGAUUAUAUGUAUUUACUUUGUUUUCAUCACUUGGACGUAAAGUGUUCUUUAUACAAAAACUGUAGUCCUAUGCUAUUUUCAUUGUUGUUGGAGUCAAAAUAACACCACAAAAUUAAAGGAAUAUAUUUUUUUGUUUCAGGAAUUACACUCUUUUAUGCUACGCUACGCUAAGCUAAUCAACUCCAAGCUUCAGCUCCAUAGUUGACACACAGAUGCAAAAGUAGUAUUGAUUUUGUCAUCUAACUUACAACAAUAAAAAAAGCAUAUUUCCCUACGUGUCAGGCACAUGAUAUACAAGUAUCCACAGAUAAUGAUGCAUGCACCCAAAGUUCUAUGUGUUGAAGCAACUUGCAGCAAACAAUGGUUCACCCUCUGGUUUCAUGCAAUAUGAAAUAUACCUGAUAUUUGCUGGGCACCUAUGUAGUAUCUCAUAAUUAUUUGUGCACAGUUUUUCUGUAAAUGUUUUCUGCUUAUGUGUGCUUGUGUAGUGCUUAACACCACAUAACCCAAAACCAUAUGACAGUUUGUUUCAAAUAUAACUUUUACCUCAAAGUACCAUUAGCUCUGCUCAGCCUUACCCCCAAACAAACAGCAGUGUUUUCCUUAAAAGGAGCACUCCACUCAUAUAGUGUUGCACUCUUAUUACAUUGUCGGUUGCAAGAUCGACAGUUAAAAAGAAAAAGUCAAAAUCUAUGCAGCAAAACCUGCCAGUUUGGUUGGAGGUUUGGGCGUGUCAUGGUAGGAGUGGCUAAUGUGGCCUUGAGCUGCUACCCUCAAUCAGAGACAAGGACAAGCUGCAGAGGUCACGCAGAUUUUUUUCAUUAACGAAAUUGUCAGCUGAUGCUGACUCAGGUUGUUCUCUCAUCUUGAAGUGAAUGUUUUUCUUGAAAGGUUUUCGUGCUAGAUACCUAAAAAAAAAAAGGUCUGUAAUUAACACAAGCUUAAGAGACAUUUUGUUGUACGACAUAAAAUAAGUCCGUGAAUGCCUCUCUUUUGAAUUUUGAAGCCUUUAGGAGUCUUAAAAACGGUGGAUGCUAACAUGUGGCUAAAGAGCACUAAAGUACGUUAUCAUGCAGACCACAGUUUUACGACAAAGUUAAGUCAUGUUAUUGUGGUGUAGUUUGUUUAUAAAGUAAUGUUAGCUUUUUACUUCUGGUGAUUGCAUUUACACCUCAGAAAUCAUAAAAGCUAUGUUCAUCUGUGUAGAUUAUUUUGCUGAGAAAAAACUUGUAAAUAUAAACGUUUGUCACUGACCUUAUUUUCUGCAGCGGAAAAAUCCCACUGGUUUCUGGAUGAGAAAACCAAGGUGAUGCUUACUUGAGCGCUGGCCUCCAAAAAUACAUCAUCCCCGUACUACUCUAUUAAUCAAACCUUUCAAAGAUUGGAAAAAAAGUUUUGAAGGGAUUUUUUUUAAAGUUCUAUAAAAAGCUUUAUACAACUCUUUUUUUGACCCAAAACAUACUUUGAUGUGUAAUAAAAAUUGGACUUCCUCUUUAAAUCUGCCAAAAAGUUUUGACAAAAAAAAAAAAAUCAACAUCUGCUUUUUUGAAACUAAACACUAGACUUUAGUAAAUUUCAUACAUGCAACAUCAUUAAUUUUAAUAAUGCCCUGUCUGUUUCAUGUGAAAACUAAAGCACAUUACACCAUGACAGUAGCCCAAGCAGUGGCAAUUAGUGGCAUUCCUUCUGUAAAGGUGCAAUGUGUAAUGCCUGGCCAUAUGCUGCAUAGAAAUAGGGGGCAGCAUUUCAUCAGUCUACUACUGGGUCCAUACAAUCUCAAUUUACAGCCAUCAGUUAUUAAAAAAAAAAACACUCGUAAACUACCACUACUAACUAACAGCAAAGCAAGAACACGCACAGUUCGAGCAAACAAACUCUGAGAGCCAGUCAAAGUAUCACUGCUGUCUUAUAAUCUUCAUUUGGCGUAGGCCUAUAGUUUAUGUUAUAGCUUGGUUAACUCAGUUUCAGCAAAAAAACCAUCAUAACCAUAUAUCGACAUUAGUUGCAGUAAAGAUACGUUUCUCUAAAUAGCCAGUAUUAGAUCUUAUUAUUUAGUCUAAAAGAAAAGUUGUAAGUUAAAAGUGGAAAGUGGAAUCAGUGGAAAUCAAUACCAAUGUUGUCUUGCUUCUCAUAUGACUUUUUUCUUUGCCACUGAGUGUUGUGUUUAUUGUGACACUUACCAAGGGCUAUACAGGCCCCCAGGAAUGCUGCUCAGCCUUGCAGACAUUUUUUUUCCAUUUGUCACUUGUGAUAUUGCAGCAAAAAAAAAUCCUGUGGCCCAAAAUGCAUUUUUCCCAUUUUUCCCCACCUAUGCCAAUCCUCAAUGCCUGUGUGCAUUUUCACAUAGAUUGACCACGUCAGUGAGUAGAAAAACAUGGGACAGACAGAAUGACACACUGACAGUUUCCGUGAUUAUGUACAGCAUGCCAUACCAUGACUUAGUCAUACCAAAAAUUACAUUGGGCCACAGGGGGAGCCACAGCGAUCGGUAGCAUUUUAGCCAUUUUUAAGCAUUUUUCUGUUGUUAUAGCACCACCCAGUUGCCAAUUAGAGUUAAAUUUCUCCAGUCACCUUGAGGCAUCCUGUUCUACAUAUCUACCAAGUUUAGUAAAAAUCGAUAUGGCGGUUAGGCAUGAAUAAGAAAUUAGCUCUCUAGCGCCCCCAUUUUGUUUGAUGGGGCCAAUAAUGGAGGGGUCCCCUCAGAUUAUGUGGUCAUAUGCCUACAAAGUUGCAUGGUGAUCGGUGAAACCCUUGAGAUGUUAUACACCUUUAUGUGAUGAGCCACGCCCUCCGCAAUAUUCAUUGCCUUAUAGAAGCUCAGUUUUAGUAAGUUUUCCAACUUUUGCCAAGAGGGAACUUUAGAUAUUGGUCCCUAGAUUAUGUUCACCCAGUUUCAUGCAGAUCAGUCAAACCUCCUAGGAAGAGAUCGAUUUUAAGUGUUUUUCAAAAAACUAAAAAUGGCGGAAAAUCUAUAUAACUGGAAGUUAUGGGUUCUCGAGGCAAAUGUGUUCCUCAUGAGGAGAGGCAUCUCUGUGCAAAGUUUUAUGUCUCUACGACAUACGGGGCAUGAGAUAUGCCCAUUCAAAGUUUGCAAUUUCAGUCGGUUGCUAUAGCUCCCCCCUUUGGCUGAUUGAUGUAAUAUUGCUUCAUUCGCAUCCUCCCAUGACCCUCUACCACUGUGCCAAAUUUCACAUGGACUGACCAAGUCAGUCAGGAGAAAAACAUGGAACAGACACACAGACACACCUACACACAGACAGUGUUUUCGUCAUAAUAUAAUAAGAUAAAUCUAUGGGGCUGCAGUCUUACUUCCUCCUAAUGUUGGGCUGAGAGCAGACAGAGAGCAGUGACUCACAAUUGCCUCUCAAGGAAUAAGUGGUGUUACAAGACAGGACGGGCUGGUGCUUGGUGGUUAGCAUGCUGGUUUAAGAUAUCUCUAUUUGAUGAAUCUUACCUUUAAAAGACAUAAUUUUUUCUGCUCUUGAAUUACUAAAUCCAGUUUUGUUGCACUUACACAAUGCAGUCCAUGCCAGUUUAUUUGGGAAUAUAGCUGUAAAGAAUCCUCAGAGGACUAUCUGCCAGCCUGCUGCCUCCACAUGAGACAUUUCUUGUUUCAUUUUGCAUGAAACAAUUUCAUUUACGUGUGUCCAUUCAUUACCACCUGUCAUUACAGGUGUGAAAAAAAUCCACGUAAACAGACAAUCUUCUUUAACACUUUAAUACAUGCUUCUGUACAUCCACAGAGUUAGGACAGCUUUUCAUGUUUUUUGUGUCAAUUAUAUGCAAGGAAACACUGGCUUAUAUCAUGAUGCUUUUCAAACAUGUAUCAAGAAACACUUGGAGUUGUUGCGUAAAUGGGUUGUAUAUGGGAACAGAUAAGAUGAAAUACUUCACAUGUUUAACAAAGCUGCUUUGCCUUAUCGAGUUUAUAGUCGUCAAACCUGCUGUCAACUACUCUUUAAAACAUACAGAUUGUAAUUGUUUUGCAAAAGGGCAAGCAUAGAAUGUAUGUUAUUUAUUUAUUAUUUUAUCUAUAGAAUUGUGUUUUAUGUAACUUUUUUUGUAUUUUAAUGGAGAGAAAUGGCAUAAGAUGGGAAAAAUUUAAAACACCUAGUAUAUCCCAAACAUGACAGAGAACUGAGUAUGAAAGCGCUCCUGAAUCUGUUUGUUGCCACUGUUUCGUGCAUUUAGUGCGCUUUUCAGAAAACGCUAACAUUAGCAUCCAUCACAGCCAAGUGAAUACAUAUACACAGAGUACUGAACAGUGAAACUGCAUCUCACCUAGUAACACAUAUAUCAUUUGAAAACAGAAACAUUUGUCUUUGAAAAAAUGCCAUCCAAUCUAAGCAAGACAUUUUUGAAUAACAGCCUUCAUUUCUUGCUAUUCAACAUACCAUAACAAGAUAUCAUAACACUGAAUAAUUUGUAGAUAAUAUACAUUCAGCUCUGUCUCAUAUGAUGAUGAGCAUAAUCUGCAUUGCAACAUUAUUACAUUUAAUCAUAUUUCCCUGAUGCAGAAUAGUUGUAGAUGAACAUAAUUAUAGGAGACAAGUUUUAUGUUAGUUGUGACUUUAAUCAAUCAGCAGUGCUUUGUAUGAAAGAUAUAAGAGAGAAGGUGUUGUUAAUGUUGUGAUGAAGUGUAAAAAUGUGCUACUGUAAUGUUUUAGAUUUCACAUUUGUUUUCUCAGUGCAAAUUUUAUUUGUAUUGCCUUAUCAUUAUGUUGUACAUACACUCCUAGGGUUUGUCAUUUUCAACUCAUUGGGAUGACUUUUUUGGGACAACACACUUUCCUAUUCAUUUUUAACAAACAACAUCUUCAUUAUAAAAAACUUUAACCUAACAUCUGUCAAUAAUUUGUGUGUAGAUUUUCUUGAAAAGUAGCACAAAUAUGUUUUGGCCUUAAGAGGAAUCUAGAAUAGUUUGUCUCUCAGUUUCAUUUGUAUGCAUUAUUCUUUAUAUUUAUGACUAAAGUGCUACAUAAAAUUCACAUCAACCUAAAUCGUGCUUUGAAGGACUCUGUGCUGUCCCUUUUACCUUUAAAAUGUAACCCCUUUACAUUUUUCUAUUUAUUGCUUUGAUUUAUUUAUUUAUAUGUAUGUACGUCUUUUUGCUGGAAUAUCUCAUUAUGAUGUCCAAAAUUUGUAUUUGUAAUUUUUUUCUGCUUUCGUUUCUGAAUAAUCUGCUUCUUGAACUGAACCUGCAAUUUCUUACUUCAGUAAGGUAAUACCAUUGUAUUAAUAUAAAACCAUAUCUCUGUGAGAUGGCAAAAAGACUCAAUA